AUGAGGGUGCUGCUGGUGUCCGUCACGCUGUUCUCUGUGGCUCAAGGAGUGUAUGAGAUUCGAACAUUCGGGGACGCUGCUAUGUAUAAGGACGAGUGCGUGCGACAACACGCCGCCCGGGGAAGCUCGUUAAUCGAUUACAUGCGUAGAGUUCCGAUGGACGCACCGGAUGAUGAUGGACGUUGGUGUGUGAUCCGAUGUAUCCUGCAGAAGUCAGACUUGAUGGAUACGAUCAGGGAUGAGCUGAUUGAGGCACACGUGCACGAGCAGAUGCAGUACAGCAACGCAAUCGUUGAGGACCCGGACGACAUUCGCAGUGAGACAGAGCGAUGUCUACGUGAACCUGCUGCAGAUACCGACGGUGGAGCCUGCCAACGAGCGUACACUUUCUUCGCCUGCAUCCAGAGCACGGAGUACGAUCUGUUUUGA